UGAUUCGCUUUAGGUACCGUUUAAACGUGCAUUUGUUUAUUAUGCAAGGCAUAUUUGUAAAUAUGAUAUUAGCUCGGCUAACUAUAACAUAAAGUGCUAACGUAAAUAUACAUGUUGAGUUGGAAAAAGUAAUAUUACCAAAACCUUACACUUUGAUCAAAUUACCCCGAGUAAACACACCCACAAAUCAAUGCAAUGCUGGAGCUGCUGUGCCGGGUCAGUCCUGCAAGAUUGCCAUGGAGAAGCUGCAUGUCCCUAGCCAUUCAGCCGGCACAGAGACGCCGCUUUGCAACAGAGGCUGCCGGAAAAAGAACGGAAACCGAAAAAUCUGCAUUCACUGAAUGGCGCACCGUCUAUAGUAUGCCGGGCAUACGGCUCGUGGCCGCAUUAAGUAGGUUGAAAGUCUACCAGGCUGUCAUCACGGCCGCCGGAACGCCCAUUGUCUUCGCCCUGGGCAGCGCCGGGCAACUCAGCACGGAUGCACUGGCCAUCUAUGCCGCCAUUGGAGUCACUGGCCUGAUCACCCUCACACUAGCCAGCUACGCGUCCUCAAAUCUCGUGGGCUUCAUCUACGUGAACGAGGAACAGGAUCUGCUCAAGCUGGCCUACGUAGACUUCUGGGGACGGCGACAGGAGACACUCAUUGAAACCGAGGAUCUGCUGCCGAGCUGGGAGCAGGGAAGUCCGUCUCGACUCAGAUUCGUUUCGCCCAUUUGCUUGCGCAGCGAUUCCAAAAGGCGCUACAAACUCCUUAAUCGCUUCGGUCAUGUCAGCGAUCGCCAGUUGUUUGAGGGUCUCUUUGGAAAUUGAAUAUACAUUUAGGCGAUUGUUAUACCAGAGAUACCCAUUUGUUAAUAUCUGAAUUAGAAAAUCAUGCCAUCUUUUUGUAUACAAUACUUUAUAACGAGUAUUUUUUAAGGUCAGCUACAUCGCUUUAUAUAAAUAUAUGUGUAUAUUGCUGAUCGGUGGCAAAUAUGUCCAUCCAAAC